GUAGCAUACCAGACGAUCUGCAAGCUAAGCGUAGUUCCAGUACAGAAGCCAGCCAUCUCUGUUCAUUGGUUGAGGAAAUGGCCGGACGUAAGGCGGCGAUGGUGGUGGAGAAGAACAAGAAGGUGGUGCUAAGGAGGCACGUCACCGGGUUCCCCACGGAAGAAGACAUGGAGAUCACGGUGGACACUAUCGAGCUGGGUGUGCCAGCGGGGCUGACGGCCGUGCUGAUCAAGAACCUCUACCUGUCCUGCGACCCCUGGAUGCGCGGUCGCAUGAGCAAGCAUGAAGACGGCGCCACCGUGCCAGCCUCGGACUUUGUCAUCGGAGAGGCCAUGGUGAAUUUCGGUGUGGGCAAGGUGGUCGGCUCGACGCACCCUGAGUUCACCGCCGGUGAUCUUGUCUGGGGGCUGAGUGGGUGGGAGGAGUACACCCUCGUCACCCAGCCGGAAUCGCUGCACAAGAUCAAACACACCGAGCUGCCGCUCUCCUACUACACGGGAGUUCUUGGCAUGCCAGGGCUCACUGCGUACGGUGGGUUCACCCAUGUCGCCAGGCCCAAGAAAGGCGACUUCGUGUACGUCUCGGCGGCGUCGGGCGCCGUCGGCCAGAUCGUCGGGCAGCUAGCAAAGAUCGCCGGUUGCUACGUGGUCGGCAGCGCCGGCUCCGACGAGAAGGUCAGCCUCCUCAAGACCAAGUUCGGCUUCGACGAUGCCUUCAACUACAAGUCGGAGAGCGACCUCGGCGCCGCGCUGAAGCGCUGCCUCCCCGAUGGAAUCGAUAUCUACUUCGACAACGUGGGUGGCGCGACGCUCGACGCCGCGCUACUGCACAUGCGCCAUGGCGGCAGGGUCGCCGCCUGCGGGAUGAUCUCCCAGUAUAACCUGGAGGAACGGGACGGCCAUGGCCUACGCAAUCUGUUCUACAUCAUCUCAAACGCCAUCAGGGUGGAGGGGUUCACCGCCCUUGACUGGUUCCACCUGUACGCAAGGUUUGAGGAGGAGAUGGCCAGGUACAUCAAGGAGGGGAAGGUGGUGGUCGUGGAGGAUGUGGCUGAGGGGAUCGAGAGCGCGCCGGCGGCUCUAAUCGGGUUGUUCUCGGGGAAAAAUGUAGGCAAGCAGCUGGUUGCCAUUGCGAGGGCAUGAGGUGAAGCAGGAACUAUCAAUGCAAAGCGAAAUAGCAGCACUAAUAGUAACAGACUAGUGCAUUGCGCGCGUGUUAGACCAUUUUUUUACGAGCAUGUUUUAUUUCAAAUAAAGUUUACAUGAAUACGUAUAACACU